AUGUCUUCCUACAGACAGAUGAUCAGCUCUAAUUGUCUUGCACCCUGCGAGGUGACCUGCCCACAGCCACUUGCAAAUGUCUGGAGCCAGCCCUGUGUGACAUCCUGUGGAGAUUCAAGAGCUGUGAUUUACCCACCACCCGUGGUCAUGACCUUCCCAGGACCCAUUCUCAGCUCCUGCCCUCAGGAGAGCAUCGUGGGCAGCUCAGCACCAUCCAGCACUGGGAGCUUGUUUGGAUCCAUGAGCUCUCUGGGUCCCGGUGGCUCCUAUGGCUCUAGGAGCCUGUACAAUUAUGGGAGGUCAUAUUCUUCCUAUGGAUCCACUGGUUAUGGAUUUGGGAGCUGCAGACCAUGUUAA